AAGAAGUGCGCAAUUUUCCCUAUCAUCUCUCUUUUUUCAAUCCCUUUACCAAUUGAUUGACUCCAGUCCACUAGACGCUUCAACCCCAUCUCCAUUCCUUUCCUGCCGGAAUCCGCCAUUCCUCCGCCGUCUCCAGAAUGCCGGCCGGCACCAGUAUUCACAUUUCAGCCUUAGACGGCAUCGUAAAUGUCAAUUCCAUGUUCACUCUCGCCGUCUUCUUAGGUCUGGCCUGGAACCCCAACGAUCCGACGAACAACCUCAUCCAAAGCCCUAAUUGUUUAGCUGGCCCUUCCGUCGCCGCGAAUCUGGUUGCCUUCCAUGUCUAUUCCUUCAGCUCCUUCCUCUUCUCCAGCUUAAUCGCCCUCGGUCUCAAGCAAGCCAUUCGGAUCUCCAAAAGCCCUUUCUAUCACCCGACUGAGUUCUUCGUCCGUGUCAACAAAACAGCGGUCCGAGUCGGGAUGCUGGUAUCGGGAAUCGGAUCCGUUUGCGGCUGUGGAUUCCUUAUGAUGGCGCUUAUCAAUGUUGUUCAGAUCAAACUUGGUGUUCUGAGCUGCGGCAGCUCUCAGACUUUCGCGGCGGUGGUUCCGCUGGUGAUCUUGGUUCCGUUUGCACUUGUGAUUUACAUCUGCCUUGUUUCUUACGCUUUCAUCAAUUAGAUAUUGCGUGUUUCUCCGAGUAUAGGACGAUUCUGAAUUUUCAUUUGAGUUAUAUUUUUGUUGCUUGUGGGCUUUCGAGUCAGUACCAUUGUCGGAGGAACUCUAAUUCUAAUUCCAAUUAUACCGAUUUAGUAUGAUUAUCAAUCUUCUCGUUGGUUUCUGUGUUUGGGUAGUUUCAAUCAAUCCAGAUCUUACGUUGUUUCAGACUGGAAA